AUGGACAACCAUAGAACUGGCGCCCCGCGCCGAACGCCCUCGCCCGGCCACCCCCUACAGCAUGGCUACCAGCUUGACGACGUCCCAUAUGGCCAGCACCCCGUUCAGUCGCAUUCAAAUCUCGACAUGCCAAGUGCUGGCCACGUCGGUGCCUCAUAUGCUGGAGCUUCGUAUUCGAACCUAGAUAUUCCCGGCGGAUAUGCCGCUGACUACGGAAGAUCUACGCCUGGCGAUCGCUUGCCGCUGAACGCUGCCCACUCGUUCGACACCUCACAGAGUCCCUACAGCACCCCAGCACCCCAAGGAGGUGCAGAGUAUGGUCUCAACCCAGAGCAACAUCACGAUGCCUACUAUAACCAGCCCUACGAACCGGCGCCCACGGGCAUAACACCCUACGAAGAGCAUCAGGGCUACCAGCUGGACGACUCGCGCCCCAUGCUUCAACAGAAUGACUCUUACGCUUCAGCCCAGCCGCAAGAUCCAUACCAAGAUGCCCCGCAGCCACAGAAUCCUGCUGCGCUCAAGAGGUGGAAAACCGUCAAGCAGGUGCUGCUGUACAGAGGCAACUUGGUGCUCGACUGUCCCAUCCCUCCGAGGCUCUUGAACCAACUACCGCACGGUGAGAGGGACGAGUUCACGCAUAUGCGAUACACAGCUGCCACCUGCGACCCCGAUUAUUUCUUUGAAGAGAAUUUCACAUUGCGCCAAAAGCUCUUUAGUAAACCCCGCCAUACCGAGCUUUUCAUUGUCGUCACCAUGUACAACGAGGACGACAUCCUCUUUGCGCGAACCAUGAUCGGCGUGCUCAAGAAUGUUGAGUACAUGUGCAGCCGGAAGGAAAGCAAAACCUGGGGCCCUGAUGCCUGGAAAAAGAUCGUUGUUUGUGUUGUUAGCGACGGUCGUGCUAAGAUUAACCCCCGGACGAGAGCUCUUCUGGCCGGUAUGGGCGUCUAUCAGGACGGCAUCGCCAAGCAACAGGUUAACGGAAAGGACGUGACGGCGCACAUAUAUGAGUAUACUACACAAGUUGGCAUGACCAUCAAGAACGACGUUGUCCAGCUCAUUCCUAAGAAGCAGCCCGUUCAGAUGCUCUUCUGCUUGAAGGAAAAGAAUCAGAAGAAGAUCAACUCCCACAGAUGGUUCUUCCAGGCUUUCGGGAAAGUCCUGAACCCCAACAUCUGUGUCCUCAUCGACGCCGGUACACGGCCCGGAGGCAAUUCUAUUUACCACCUUUGGAAGGCUUUCGACCUGGAGCCAAUGUGUGCUGGAGCUUGUGGUGAGAUCAAAGCUAUGUUGGGAACUGGAGGCAGGCACCUCUUGAACCCCCUGGUCGCCACGCAGAACUUCGAGUACAAGAUGAGUAACAUUCUUGAUAAACCUCUCGAGUCAGCAUUCGGCUUCAUUUCCGUCUUGCCUGGUGCUUUCUCGGCCUACAGAUAUGUCGCCCUCCAGAACGACAAGAAUGGUCAAGGACCACUGCAGAAGUACUUCUUGGGUGAAACGCUCCACGGCACUGGCGCUGGUGUCUUCACUUCCAACAUGUAUCUGGCCGAGGAUCGUAUCCUUUGUUUCGAGUUGGUUACGAAGCGCAACUGCCAUUGGAUCUUGCAGUACGUCAAGUCUGCGACUGGUGAGACUGAUGUGCCCGAUACUGUGACCGAAUUGGUUCUCCAGCGUCGUCGUUGGCUGAACGGUUCCUUCUUCGCUGCUAUCUAUGCCAUUGCACACUUUUACGAGUUCUUCCGAUCCGACCACUCAUUUAUGCGCAAGAUCAUGUUCUUCAUCGAAUUCAUCUUCCAGACCGUCAACAUGGUUUUCGCCUGGUUCGCUAUUGGCAACUUCUUCCUGGUGUUCAAGAUUUUAACGACCAGUCUGGGCGGCGAUGAUUUGCUUGGAAACGUGGGCGACAUUCUUGGUGUUGUCUUCGAGUGGUUCUACGGUAUCUCUUUGAUUUCCUGCUUCGUCCUCUCGCUCGGCAACCGGCCCGCUGGUUCUGGCAAGCUUUACACAGCCAUGGUGCUCUUCUGGUGUGUGAUCAUGAUAUACCUUACUUUCGCGGCUGUCUUCAUUGCCGUAAAAGCAGUGCAGGCACAGAUCGCAACCGGCUUCAAUAUCAGCGACCUGUUUAAGAACAAGGUGUUUUCUUCGCUCAUCGUAUCCACGCUGUCGACGUACGGAUUAUGGCUGAUCGCGUCGUUGAUGAUGUUUGACCCGUGGCACAUGAUCACCUCCUUUUUGCAGUACCUGCUUUUAACACCAACUUAUACCAACGUCCUCAAUGUCUAUGCCUUUUGCAAUACGCAUGAUAUCUCAUGGGGUACAAAGGGUGACGAUAAGCCCGAAUCGCUGCCGACUGUUGAUACCAAGGAUGGCAAGGGUAAGACCGACUUGCCGGAUGAGGGUGACUUGAACGCAGCCUACGAGCGUGAGCUUGCUGUCUUUGGCAAGAAGCAUGUUGUCGCCAAGAAAGCACCCACCGAAACUCAAAUUGCCGAGGCACAGCUGGAUUACUACAGAUGGAUUCGGUCACUAGUCGUCCUCAUCUGGAUGAUCUCCAACUUCGGCCUGUGUGCUGUUGUUCUCAGUACGGCGGGUCUCGAGAACUUGACGACUAACGCUGAAGACGAUGCCGAUGCUAGGGCUUCGACCUACAUGACGGUUGUCCUCUGGAGUGUGGCCAUAUUGAGUGGCUUCAAGUUCAUUGGCGCUCUGUGGUUCCUGAUUGUCCGCAUGUUCAGGGGUGUGUAG